AUGGCUGUUAUCACUGGGAUCUUAAUCUCCCUCAUACUCUAUAAUUCAUCAUCUAUAGUUGCCUAUUGCAAAUUACUGGACAGACUCUAUCUUCCACCAUCACUAACAGGCCCCGAGUCCCUAGCAUUUGAUUCCAUUGGUGGAGGGCCUUAUACUGGUGUAUCUGAUGGAAGAAUUCUUAAAUAUGAUGAAGAAUGUUCUUGUUUCCUUGAGUUUGCACACAUUUCACCAUACAGGAACAAAACAAAUUGUGACGGAAUUUCAGACUUCUCGGAACUCCAAGAAACAUGUGGGAGGCCUAUGGGGUUGAGUUUCAAUUACAAGACAAAGGAAUUAUAUAUAGCUGAUGCUUAUUAUGGACUUGUGAAGGUCCCUUAUGACGGAGGUGCUGCAACACAACUUGUUUCUAAUGUACUAGGCAACCCUUUUGGGUUUCUUGCUGGCGCGGAUGUAGAUCCUAACACUGGAAUCGUUUAUUUUACGGAAGCUAGCUAUUAUCACAAGAUCAGGGAUCUCCGGAAUCUACUUAAUAGCCGAGAUAUUUUUUCUGGAAGCCUGUUCAGAUACAAUCCAACAACGAAAGUAACCACAUUGUUGCUCCGUAAUCUAGCUAUGGCAACAGGGGUAGCAGUAAGCAGCAAUGGUUCAUUUGUCCUUGUAAGUGAGUACAAGGCGAAUAGAAUCCGGAGAUUCUGGCUUACAGGACCAAAUGCAUAUACUUCAGAUAUAUUCUUGUGGCUUCCGGGGAGACCAGAUAACAUCAAAAGGACCUCGAAGAACGAGUUUUGGGUGGCAGUGAAUUAUCCUUUUGGAUCACCACCACCACCAGUACCUCCUGUUUUGCCUCUUGGACUAAGAAUCAAUGAGCAAGGUUUAAUUUUAGAGGCUGUGCCUCUUGUUGAGGGGUUUGGUACUGGAUCAGUCAGUGAAGUUCAUGAAGCUGAGGGAAAACUCUAUGCUACAUCGUUGCGUGAUAGCUAUGUUAACAUUCUCACAGCCUAGUUUUCCCUUAAUCUUG